AUGGACAAUCAAGAUGGGUUCGAACAUGGCUUGAAAAAGCGGAUAAUCCAGGAAGUCUUUGACAAGCUUCUGAGCCCAUUGUGCAAGGCCUUUCCCAAGGCACCAGGUUGUCCUACGCCAGAAGAGCCAGUGGAGGCGCCGCCGCAGUCAACAACGCCGACAACAACGCCGACGACAACACCGGCACCGGCCGCAACUUCACCUCCCGCAGUUAUAGCACCACUUCCAGCCGCAACAAAGACUCAGCCCGCGAGUCCUCCCGUUGUGACACAGCCACCGGUAGUGGUAGCACCGCCAGCCACUACUGCUCCCGCAGUCGUGAAGCCCUCGUCAACCAGCAUCACGCCGCAGCCAACGAAGGGAGCUGAACAAGGGUCAGGAUCGAAUCAUGGAACUAAAUCGGGUGAAGGAUCUGGACAAGGUAACGAAUCAGGAAGUGGCUCUGGUUUGAAUGGUGCGGAUAAGGGUAAUGCCGGAAAUGCAGGGACUGAUGGAUCCAACUCUGGCAAGGGAGCCACGGGACCUGUCGGAUCUGAUAACGACAACAACACCACCGUUCCACCAUCGAGCAUGACUUCGGAUACGACUGCAGUACAGCCCACGGCUACCUCAGCCAGCUUUGAUGGGAAUGCAUUUUUUCCUGGGAACGUUGUUCUCGCCGCCCCAAUGGCAGUCCCAAGUCAGUCAUCCGAGUCGGGCGAAGAUACGGUUGGGGAUGGUACCUCGGGGGAUGGGGAUAAUUGGGCGCAGGGUUCUCAGCCUUCGGCCACAUCCUAUAACUCAGCAAUUCAACAUAACGGCCAAGCCAUUUCUACAACGCUCUCCACUGCAUGGAUCGCCGCAGGCACUCCAACAAGCAUCCCAUCAGUAGAAAGCACCAUCCCUGGGCAAGCAUCUGGAUCUGAUGACCCUUCACGGGGCAACCCAGACCUUUAUCCUACCCCCGGCUCAACUCACACGCCAGCGGGUGGAGGCUCAACCACAGGAAAUAGCGACAGUCCCGCUGGGGACUCGCCUAAUACCAGCAGCACGGGUCUUGUAUCUGGUAUUGCCGGUGGUGUCAUCACCAUUGUGGUCCUCUUCUUUGUUCUGUUCCUUCUCCUCUACAAAUACCGCCGCAACGCCCGCGUCCAGAACUUCCUCAUCAAGUACACCCCCCUGAAAGUAGCCGCCUACACGAAGCGUGACAAGAAGCGAUCCUCGAUGGGCAAAGGCCUGCUCCUCGAGGACGAGGAGCCAUCAUCACCCACCAUGACCGAGAAAGGGAAGAACGUCAACUACGGCACCAUCCUGCCCGCCCCCGUCACGCAACCCAACCCCACCGCCAGCCGCGCCCCUACCAAAGCCAUCCCACCGCCCGGCCUCGACACAGCUCACGGCCUCAGGUCCCCGACGCCCAAUGAAAACCGUCACAGCAUGUUCGAACGCGUGUCCACCAGCAUGUCCGAUUACUUCCCGCAACCCCCCUCGCCGACGCACUCCCAACACUCGCGCGGCAACAGCGUCGAAUCGCUCGGCGGCGUCAGUAUUGCUAGCAGCGGCAUCUUUUCCGCCUCCAUGCUGCCGCCUUCUACUGCCUGCAGCAACAGUACCGCGUCCUGGGCGUUGCCGCCGAGCACGUCGCAUAGUCAGGCGAUGCAGUUUCAGCCGUUGCAGCCGAUGCCGAUGCCGAUGAGACAGUCGGGGUUGUCGACGCAGAUGUCGUCGUCGAUGGCGGCACCGAGGGAAGGGCAGGCGGGUCCGUCAAAUUGGCGGGAUAGACCGGAUUCGUGGGGGUUCUGA